AUGUUCGAGCCUCGUCCAGACUUGGUGGGGGCUUGUAGCCACUGCUGCUGGAGUGCUAGCCAGGGUGCUCGGGCUUGCUCGGACUGGCACCCCAGCACAGCAGGCCACCGUAACUCGUCUCCGGUCCAAGGGGACACGCGUCGGGUUGGGGCCCCCGGUUUGGGUCUGGCCGGCGGGAGCGCGGCGGGGCUCCCUGUGGGGCUCCCUGCGGGCAGGGCCGAGCGCCGCGGGUUCGAUCCAAGAGCCGGACUCGAUGACCCUUCCCGCUCAGAACAUUCUGUGAUUCCGCGUUCCCUGCUGGCGGCGCACCGGCGGCACGUGGCGCUGCCGCCGCGCUUCCUGGGCCGCAAGCGCUCCGGCAUCCGCGCGCAGCUGGACGCGGAGCUGCUGCGCUACUCGCAGAGCCUGCAGGGUGUGCCCGUGGCCUACGACAACAUCAAAGUGGUCGGCGAGCUCGGCGACAUCUACGACGACCAAGGGUUCAUCCACCUGAACAUCGAGGCGGACUUCGUCAUCUUCAGCCCCAGGAAGGGGAAGAAGCUGGUGGGUGUAAUUAAUAAAGUGGCCCCUAGUCAUAUUGGCUGCCUGAUACAUGGAUGCUUCAAUGCAUCUAUCCCUAAGCCUGAACACAUGUCCAUUGUACAGUGGCAAGAGCUGGGAUUCAAAAUAGGGGAUGAACUGAAGUUUCAAGUGUUGCACUUGGAUUUUGAUACAGCUGGGGUGUUCUUCAUUCGAGGAGGACUCACUAAAAGCAGCAUGCGGCCCAAAAAAUCUGUCACAGUCACUGAAAGUACAAAUGGGGACGAAAUUCAAAAGCUUGAGCAGCAGGAAAAUGGCUUGAAUGACUCUGAGGAAGAUAAUGUCACAGAAGAGCCUUUAAAUGAGACGGGUAACCUUGAGAGGGAAAACGAACAAGAGCCAAGCGUUGAUGCUGUGAACGGAGUAUGUGAUGAUGAAAAGAAGAAGAAGAAGAAAAAGAAAAAGGACAGGCAAGGAGAGCAGGAGCUUGUAUUGCCUACUGAAGAACAGGAACUUGUAUUGCCUACCGGAGAACAGGAACUUGUAUUGCCUACCAGUGACUCCAGUGGUUACCAAAGUGACCAUAAAAAGUCAAAGAAAAAGAAAAGAAAGCAUUGUGAUGAAGUUGAAGAAAGCGAAUUACCUCAGUUGUCAGAAGAACCCAAAGCAAAAAAGAAAAGGACAAAAGUCUGAAGUGCCUUUCCUGUGUUACAUUUCAGAGGUUUUUAAUAAGUUUCAAUAAAACCCUGUUUUCAAUAUGG